GGGAGCGGCGAAGAGGCAGGAAGACAGGACCAUGUCGAAGGGCCCCGGGCCCGGCGGCUCGGCAGCUUCCUCGGCGCCCCCGGCCGCUACCGCUCAGGUGCUGCAGGCACAGCCCGAGAAACCGCAGCACUACACAUUGAACUAAUUUCCUGCAGAGCAGCAAGUGUCAUUGCAGCCUUAAGUCAAGCUCACAAAAUCCCCAUUACUAUGUUAGAUACUAAAGAAGGCUCCCCCCAAUCCAUAUGCAUCUGCUUUGACUGGUGGUUUCUGUCAUCUGCAAAGACUGUGACUUAUUGGUGAGGGCAGCUGGACAACUCUGAGAGCAACUUAGAGAAAUCCAUCUUGGGCACUCUGUAAGGAGCUUCUCUGCAAAUAGCACCCCAUAUAAGUGCACAAAAGCAAGACACCCUCGUGGACCUACUUCCCGCUUCCAACACCCUGAUGCCUGAAGCUAAAGGAGGUUUUCCACUACACACUUCUGUGUCUGUGGACAGUCGUGGCUAACCCUAGUAGAUUGUCCUCUCUUCUUGUAACAUGGAUGAAUUUGUGUUAAGUGAAGAUGGAUGUUCAAUGUACCUGAAGGAGUUUCGCACAGAGCAAUGCCCACUCUUUGUGCAACACAAAUGUACGCAGCAUCGGCCCUACACCUGCUUCCAUUGGCACUUUGUGAACCAGCGGCGCCGCAGGUCCAUCCGCCGUCGGGACGGUACCUUCAACUACAGUCCAGACGUCUACUGCACCAAGUAUGACGAGGCUACAGGCCUCUGCCCCGAGGGCGACGAGUGCCCAUUCCUGCAUAGGACCACAGGGGACACUGAGCGCAGGUACCACCUUCGUUACUACAAAACUGGAAUCUGUAUCCACGAGACUGACUCAAAAGGCAACUGCACCAAAAACGGCCUGCACUGCGCUUUUGCCCACGGGCCCCAUGACCUCCGCUCCCCUGUCUAUGACAUCAGGGAGCUACAGGCCAUGGAAGCCUUGCAGAAUGGCCAGACCACAGUAGAGGGCAGCAUAGAAAGCCAGUCGGCUGGUGCCGCAAGCCAUGCCAUGAUAGAAAAAAUUCUGAGUGAAGAACCUCGGUGGCAAGAGACCGCUUAUGUGCUGGGGAACUAUAAGACGGAGCCGUGCAAGAAGCCACCGCGGCUGUGCCGCCAGGGCUAUGCCUGUCCCUACUACCACAACAGCAAGGACCGGCGGCGGAGCCCCCGGAAGCACAAAUACAGGUCAUCUCCAUGUCCAAACGUCAAACAUGGGGACGAGUGGGGAGACCCCGGCAAGUGUGAGAAUGGAGACUCCUGCCAGUAUUGCCACACCCGCACAGAGCAGCAGUUCCAUCCAGAGAUCUACAAAUCCACCAAGUGCAAUGAUAUGCAGCAGUCAGGCAGCUGCCCCCGAGGACCUUUCUGCGCCUUUGCACACAUAGAACCACCCCCCUUAAGUGAUGACAUGCAGCCUUCCUCAGCUGUAUCCAGCCCCACCCAAGCGGGUCCUGUCUUGUACAUGCCAUCUGCUGCCGGAGACUCGGUGCCUGUGAGCCCCUCCAGCCCGCAUGCCCCUGACCUCAGUGCUAUCCUCUGUAGGAACAGUGGCCUGGGCAGCCCAUCUCACCUCUGCAGCUCCCCACCAGGCCCUGGCAGGAAGACCUCAAACCUGGAGGGCCUGGUCUUCCCAGGGGAGUCGAGCCUCGCCCCUGGCAGCUACAAAAAAGCUCCUGGCUUCGAAAGGGAAGACCAGGUUGGAGCGGAGUACCUGAAAAAUUUCAAGUGCCAGGCUAAACUAAAGUCCCAUUCACUAGAGCCCAGGAGUCAAGAGCAGCCUCUGCUUCAACCCAAACAGGACGUGCUGGGCAUCCUCCCUGUGGGCAGCCCCUUGACCUCAAGCAUCUCUUCCAGCAUCACCUCCAGCCUGGCAGCCACUCCCCCGAGCCCUGCAGGCACUAGCAGCACUCCUGGCAUGAAUGCAAAUGCUCUGCCCUUCUACCCCACCAGCGACACGGUAGAGUCGGUCAUAGAGUCUGCCUUGGAUGACCUGGACCUGAACGAGUUUGGGGUAGCGGCCCUGGAGAAGACUUUUGAUAACAGCACAGUGCCCCACCCCAGCAGCAUCACAAUCGGUGGCAGUUUGUUGCAGAGCUCUGCGCCUGUGAAUAUCCCUGGCUCCUUAGGCAGCUCAGCCUCCUUCCACUCUGCCUCUCCAUCCCCUCCUGUCAGCCUCUCUUCACAUUUUCUGCAACAACCCCAGGGCCACCUGAGCCAGUCAGAAAAUACAUUUUUGGGGACCUCAGCAUCACAUGGAUCUUUGGGUCUGAACGGGAUGAACAGCAGCAUCUGGGAGCAUUUUGCCUCUGGAAGCUUCUCCCCAGGCACUUCCCCUGCCUUCCUAUCAGGGCCAGGGGCUGCUGAGCUGGCCCGGCUUCGGCAAGAGCUAGAUGAAGCCAACAGCACCAUCAAGCAGUGGGAGGAGUCCUGGAAGCAGGCUAAGCAGGCUUGUGAUGCCUGGAAGAAGGAAGCAGAGGAGGCUGGUGAGCGGGCCAGUGCAGCAGGAGCGGAGUGUGAGCUGGCCCGGGAACAGAGGGAUGCACUGGAAGUGCAGGUGAAGAAGCUCCAGGAGGAACUGGAGCGGCUGCACGCAGGGCCAGACCCCCAGGCCCUGCCCACUGUCCCGGACUUGGAGGCACUUUCACUCUCCACCCUCUACUCCCUCCAGAAGCAGCUACGGGCCCACCUGGAGCAAGUGGACAAGGCUGUGUUCCACAUGCAAUCGGUGAAAUGCCUUAAAUGUCAGGAGCAGACCCGGGCGGUGCUGCCGUGCCAACAUGCUGUGCUGUGCGAGCUCUGUGCUGAGGGCGGUGAGUGCCCUGUCUGCCAGCCUGGUCGGGCCCAUGCCCUCCAGUCGUGACCCUACAGGCCUGGCCCAGCUGGGUCCAGAUCUUCUCACCUAGGACUUUUUACAGUAUAUAAUAUGUAUGUAUGUAUAUGUAUAUGAUUAUGUACAUGUAUACAUUUUGGUGUGUGUGCAGGUGUGCGUGGUACGUGUGCACAGUGUCAGUGUGUAUAUCUGUACAUAGAUAUAGACACACACUUUAAAAUGGACUUACCAAGCACUUUUUAAAAGAAAAGACUAUUUUGCAGUCCUCCACUACCCAUUCCCUACUCUUCCUGCUCAGAGACAAAAUUCCUUUUCCCACUGGCCUUUUGGCAGAGAAUAUGUUUAUGUCUUUUUAUGUAGGAACUAACUAUUUUUAACUACUUCCUUGGGCCUGAGCAGGGAAGGGGUGAGAUGCUCGAAGGAGGGGAAGGGGAAACUGGAAGGGCAGUCCCUGCUCACCCAGCCACUGUGGACCAGGGCCUGCAUCAAGUGUGGGCUCAGGUCCCCUAGUUCCCAGCUAUGAGGGCUUCAGGGAGGCCUAAAGGUCUGCUGGAGUUCUAAGCCAGCUGAGCUUCUGGGCUUACCAAAUGUGUAUGUAACUUUGGAGACAGCCACAGGAGCUGGCAGGCCAAAGCUUCAGGGCCAGCCCCACUCCCAUACCUGGGCCCUUGAAGCUCUUUAGGGGUCAAGGCCCAGUUCUGACCCUCGGGUUCUUGAAGCCUGGGGUUUCCCUUGGUCAUUUCCUUCUGGACUCCCCAGACCAGCCUCCCUGGCCCCUCAGUCACCUAACCAGGUUGGCACUGCCCUCAGCUGUCCCUGCCCCCCCCCCCGGCAUGUGGCUGCAGAGCCGUUGCCCUCCCUCUGGCAGCUAGCAGGGCAGUUGGGGAGCAGUGCAGCCUGAGGACCAAGGGGGCACAGGUCCUGCCCCUUCUUGCUGGGAGGAGCUCGUAUGCAUUCCUUGGUGCUCUUUGAGUGCAGCUGACGUACUGCCGUUCUGGGCAGACGCCUGUGUGCAUGUGUGUGUGUGCCUGUCCAAUGUAUAUUGUGUUUUAGCUUCAAUUUUAAAAAACUGUUCUGUACAGAGAGAUGCAGUGGGGUGGGAGGGCAGAGUGGGCAGAGGGAGGCGACCUUGCUUCCAGCACUGGGUGUCCAGUGGGCUCAAGAGGGCUGCAAAAGAGUCUGCUCUGGCCCAGGCCCCUCCCUUGGGCUUAGCACGAAAGGGCUUUCAAUGAAUUAAGUGAAAACUUUCUUCUUUUUUUACGAAAAUGCAAAAAUCAAACUUAUUGGAAAUAAAAUAUGAACUUGCA